CGAAACUGAAGCAUACCCCACCCCGCCUUUCACCUGUCCCCCAUAACCAAGUCCACAUUUGACAGCCUACAACAAACACCUUGACGGUCAGGAGGGCCUCCGAAAGCCCAAGUCUCCUGUCAACCUUUUCAUCCAUCGAUUUACCUGCGUUACUACAGCAUUUCCCAUCGAUUUCCCGUCGAUUCCCUCGAUUUCAAGAUGAACUUCCUCAGAUCAACCGCUGCUACCCUCCUCGACAAGUACACGCCCGUCAGCCAUACCUCGACAUUCCGCAACACAGGGCAAAUCACCCCAGAAGAGUUCGUAGCCGCCGGUGACUACCUCACCUUUAAGUUUCCUUCGUGGUCAUGGGCCGAUGCCGAUUCACCUAGCAAGCGCCUCCCAUUCCUGCCACCCGGAAAGCAGUUCCUCGUCACACGACAUGUUCCCUGCCAUCGACGCUUGAACGAUGACUUUGCUGGCGAUGCGGGCCACGAGGAGGCUCUCGUUGAGGGCAACAAGGGCGGUGCCGACGAUGACGGCUGGUUGCGGACCGGCAGCAUGACCAGCUCACAGCCACUUAGGGUACGAGAGGUUCGCAACAUCGACGAUGCUGGCAACGUUGGCGAUAGAGAGGUUGUGGAUGAGGAUGAUAUUCCCGAUAUGGAAGAUGACGAUGACGACGAGGCCAUCAUCCGGGCUGAGGGCGAUAACUCGAACAGUGGAAAGCGCACCUACACCCUUUACAUUACCUACGCCAACGCCUACAAGUGCCCACGCAUGUACAUGUCAGGGUAUCUCGCCAACGGACAACCGCUUCCCCCUCAUCUGAUGAUGGAGGAUAUCGUCGGCGACUACAAGGACAAGACCGUAACACUCGAAGACUUCCCCUUCUUCUCUCACAGCGUCAAGAUGGCCAGCGUGCACCCCUGCCGUCACGCCUCCGUCAUGAAGACGUUGCUGGAUCGGGCUGAUGCCGCUCUCAAGCUCCGCCGUGAGAAGAUGAAGGCCGGUCAGGUCUCCGGAAGCGAACAGGGAAUGGAAGGUCUCGUGGAUGAGAUUAACAAGUUGGAUGUCAGCGGGGCGCAUGCGAACGCUGUCGAGGCCGCUCCCGGCGAAGAUGCCGAGUGGGAGGAGGUUCCGCAUGAUGUCGCCGACCAGGAGGUGGCCAUUCGUGUGGAUCAAUACCUGGUGGUCUUCCUGAAGUUCAUUGCCAGCGUCACUCCCGGCAUCGAGCACGACUUCACCAUGGGUGUCUAAGUCAGGCUGCUGAUCACUUCGAGUCAUUGUCCUCAUUUUUGACAUUAACUGGGGCAACUGGUAGCAUUUCUCCCUUUUUGUUAUGCUC